AUGGGGUGUCUUGUUGUCGAGUCAACUCAGUCUCAGACUCGGACUGAAGAAACCAUAACUGAAAAUGGUUCAAAGGAUAAGAGAAAGAAUCGUCGAUCCAGACGAUCCAAGCGAAAUUCCUCUCUCUCAGCUAGUAGCUCAGUAAGUCAAAUACACGGUGGUGAAUCGAGUCCUGUGGAAGGUGAUUGCUCACUGAAUAGAAUGGGCUCUGAUGAGCGUCAUCAACUGCCGCAAGCAUCUAAUGCUGGAGGGUUCAACUCUUUGUCGACAAUGGAUGUUAAUGAACAAACUGCAGAUGAAAAUUUGCAGAAUAUGCCAGCACUUAUGCUUGAUAUUAAUGGAGAACUAUUGUCUAAUUCAUGCCAUGAUUCGGCUGUCAAUGAAGAGUCUACAGGACCUGUUCUUUUGGCCCGUCCCAAUAUUUGUCAGAUUCAGCAAAAAUAUUUCCCUGCACAUUGGUCUGCUGAAGCUGUUACUGAAGCAUUAGAGAGAGGAGAUGCAUUUAAAGCAUUAUUUCGUGUAAAUGCUUUCAACAGACUUGAGGCCUAUUGCAAAAUUGAUGGAGUGCAAACGGACGUUCUCAUUAGUGGAUCGGUGGCUCAAAAUAGAGCUGUUGAAGGAGACAUAGUCGCUAUUGUCAUUGAUCAUCCAUCACUGUGGACUAAAAUGAAAGGGUUUAAUGAAAAUGCCAAUCAUUCUGCAUUGAUUGAUGAUUGUGUGUGUCAACCUGAAGCUGUUGAAUAUGCGCGGGAUAGUUCCAAAGGAAAAAGCAAGUUAGAUCCUGAGGAUGAUCAUGAUUGUUCUAGGAAUUAUUCAGUUCCAGCUGAGAAGAGAAUUUAUUAUGAAAAUGAGAGUUCAGUCAGAGAAAUGGCUCACUUAGAUUCAACAGAAGUUUCAGAGAAUGGUUACAUAAAUGGAUAUCAUCCAUCUACAUCUUAUUCAUCUAGUGCAGAUUAUUCUGUUAGUGUAAGUGAUGAUGGAAAUGCAGUAGAGAAGUUGUGUGCCGUGGUGAGUUCAUUUUCAUCAAAACGACCAACUGGUAAAGUUGUGGCUGUUAUUGAAAGCUCUCUCAGACGGGACACGGUUGUUGGUUUCCUAAGUGUGAAGCAGCGGAUUUAUGGCAGGGAGAGUAACAAAAAAGAGUCUAGGAAGAAUAAACAUCGAUUAACUGCUUUAAAUCGUGGACACAUCCUGUUAACUCCAAACGAUCCCAAAUUUACCAAAAUGACAGUCCCUGUGAAAAACCUUCCAGAAUGCAUCAAGAAACGAUUGGAUUCUGGAGAUGCAACAGUUGAAAUGGACCUUGUAGCUGCACGAAUUGUUAACUGGGGUGAAGAAAGUUAUAUUCCAGAAGCUCAUGUGAUGCAUAUGUUUGGAAGAGGUAGUGAUGUAGAAGCGCAGAUUGCUGCUAUUUUAUUUGAAAAUGCAAUCGACCCUUCUGAGUUUUCUUCUGAAGUACUUUCCUGCCUUCCUCACAUUCCUUGGAAGGUACCAGUGGAGGAAUUACAGAAAAGAAGAGAUUUGAGAAAUUUAUGUGUUUUUACCAUUGACCCUGCCUCUGCCAUCGAUCUUGAUGAUGCACUAUCGGUUGACAGGUUAUCCGAUGGUGUUUUCAGAGUAGGGGUCCACAUAGCUGACGCUUCGUAUUUUGUACUACCCGACACAGCUUUAGAUAUUGAUGCUCAAAUCAGGUCAACAAGUGUUUACCUGUUGCGGACUAAAUUGCCAAUGUUGCCCCCAUUGCUUUCAGAGAAUCUAUGUUCACUUAAGCCUGGAGUAGACAGACUGGCCUUCUCUAUUUUUUGGGACAUCAAUCCUGCUGGAGAGGUCCUAGAUCGCUGGAUAGGCCGCACAAUCAUAAAGUCUUGCUGCAAGCUCUCUUACGAACAUGCUCAGGAGAUCAUUGAUGGGGCAUUUGAUAAUCGUGGUUCUAUUUCUAUAGGAAAUCACUGGCCCCAGUUACAUGGUCAAUUUAAAUGGUUUGAUGUAAUUGGGUCUGUUAGAAGCCUACAUGAGAUUUCAAAAGUCUUGAAGGAGAAUAGAUUUACUCAUGGGGCCCUGUCACUUGAAAGCCCUAAAAUGGAUUUCGUAUUUGAUGAAGAUGGUGUUCCCUAUGAUAGUGUGUUCUCAGAACGGAAGGAGUCGAACUUUCUUGUGGAGGAGUUCAUGCUUUUGGCCAAUAGGACAGUUGCAGAAAUAAUAACGAGGGCUUAUCCUACUAGUGCCCUGUUGAGAAGGCACCCUGAACCUAAUGUACGUAAACUCAAAGAGUUUGAAACGUUUUGCAACAAACAUGGACUACAUUUGGAUGUUUCUUCUUGUGGGCACCUUCAUCAUUCGUUGGAGCGUAUAAAGCGAGAGCUUGAAUAUGACUCUGUGCUGUUUGAUAUUCUGAUGUCUUAUGCUGCAAGGCCGAUGCAAUUGGCUGCAUACUUCUGCAGCGGUGAUUUUAACUAUGCUGAAGAGGGUUGGGGUCACUAUGCCCUUGCCAUACCUCUUUACACUCACUUCACUUCUCCACUACGUCGAUAUCCGGAUAUUAUAGUGCAUCGCACACUUGCUGCAGCUAUAGACGCUGAAGAGAUGUACUGGAAACAAAGGAUGCUCCAAAAAUUGAAAGGAGAAGACGCUGUAAUCCGAUAUUUUACCGGUAUAUGCUUUGACAAAGAUACCAUGGAAUCACCUGAAGCUCAAGCAGCUUUAUCUGCUGCAGCUGCAAAGCACCGGGUUCCAGGUACUGAAAUCCUUGCUGAUGUAGCUGGUCAUUGUAAUGAGAGGAAGCUGGCUAGCAGGCGUGUAAAGGAUGCUAUGCAUAAACUCUACAUGUGGAAUCUGUUGAAAAAGAAAGAGAUAUUGUUUUCAGAGGCCAGAGUUUUGGGUAUUGGACCAAAGUUUAUGUCAAUAUAUAUUCUCAAGCUUGCUAUUGAACGGCGUAUAUAUUAUGAUGAAGUUGAAGGUCUGAAAGUGGAAUGGCUUGAAAAUACAUCAACGUUGGUGCUCAGUCAGUUUUUAAAUAAACGGUCCAAUAAAAGGAGUAGCCCCGGCAAGUUUAGGCCACUUGAUGAAGUAGCUUUGAUCGCUGAUCCAUGUGAUUUGAAGCCGGAAAUGAAUCUGUCUGAAUGGGAUGAUAAAGAGGAUGGUGAGUCAAAAUUAGACGGGGAGAUUCUUAAAUCAGAUGUUUCAGGCAUAAUCAAUAUUGAACCUGCUGUUUUCCCCCUCACCGUUCGACUCCUAUCGACAAUUCCUGUUACGCUUCAUGCUGUUGGGGGUGAUAACGGGCCCCUUGAUAUUGGGACAAGAUUGUAUAUUAGUUCAUAUCUAUAG